UAGGAGAGAAAGGAGGACCAGAGGUUGUUGAAUAUGUCUUCGGUGGUUUCGUCCGCGAUGCGCAGGGCUGUCAUGCAGCCCAAGCCUCCGAUGUUCAGGGCUGCCACCGUGAACCUGACGCGAGGGAUGGCGAGUAGUGAAGGGACGCCCAAGUACGGCGCUGCCAAGUCUUUCAAGGAGGCCUGGUUGUCGGACAAGGGGGCGUGGCCGGUGAUGGGGGUAAUCGGAUUCGCCAUCACGUUCGUGACCUACUGGAGCUUCUCCACGCUGCUCACCAACCCGGACGUCCGCAUCAACAGGACGAUAAGGGAAACCACCAUCCGCCCGCCGCGCUCAUGAUCUCCGUAAUCUCCGUACACGACGCGUGAUUCCGCGGGCUCGUGACCUCCCAAAUCUCCGCAGAUGGAUGCGUGAUUCCACGGGUUCAUGAUUUCCAAAAUCUCCGUAGUGGAUGGAUGCGUGAUUCCGCGGGUUCAUGAUCUCCGAAAUCUCGGUAGUCGAUGGAUGCGUAAUUUCCUCGGGGAUGGACUCUGUGCACGCGCAGCCAGUCGUAAAAUUGUCUGGAUCUUUGUUUUCCCGGGUCGAGUAUGUUCAAUCGGUUGGUUUCGAUGGCGAAGCCGCUGCCACUGCAGUCAUGCAUGUUCCCUUGAUCGGCGCACGCUUCGCAGUUUCAUCGUACGUGUGGGGUACACGGACGUAAAACGAUUCGGGGGGGGGGGGGGGGGUACGCGAAGAUCGACGGCGUUGCGGUAGAGGGGAAGUCCUCCUUCGAUCCCCGCCAUCCUCCCGGUUCAUGGAGAAAGAGAAGAAAAGAAAAAAGAAAAAAGAAACUAAGCUACAGCAGCAUCCAUUCAGCGAUGUCCCGGACUCUUUAUAUCUGGGGAUAGAUAUGGAUUCGUUGUAUCUUUCUAUAAAAACUGUUGGUCCGAGCGGAUGGAAGCUGGCUGCAGAAGCAGCAGCUGAAAAGGGAUGGCCGAUCGGAAGCGGUGUCAUCGGCAUUUGUUUUUUUGUCGACAUUUUGCUUGUGCUGGAACGAGUUGGAGGCAUAAAAGGGGCUAUGGCCAGCGGAGAGAAGUAAGGGUUGAUGGCCAGGGUCGGGGGGAUUUUUUGUUGUUGUUGUUGUUGUGUUGGAUGUUCGUGCUGACCCUCGUUGAUGUGCGGAAAGCGCGUUCUCUCUAGGGCAUGAGGGUUGUAGGUGAUGCGGCGGCAUGAGAGGAGAGGAGUGCGACGGGCACCCUGUGAAAGAGGAGGAGGCGUGUUUCGUCCUGGGCUUGGUUCACUCACUACUACAUCAAUCC